AUGGGUUGUUGCCACCGAAAAACAGCUCCAAAUCCUGAACCAGUGGUAUUGCAAGCGGAAAAUCAACAUGGCAGUCAAGUCGAACAGCAGAGAGUCAACAAAAUCAUCAUAGAACCAGACGUUACUCCGUCAGAUGAAGCAAUUAUUACAAAUUUACGUAAUAAUAAAAGGCAUUCAAAUUUCCAAUUAGUCGAUCCACAGGCAUUCAAUGAGUCAUUUAUUAAGGAAAGAUUUCGGGCCAUCAACGAUCGUUCAUAUCAAUCUGCAAUAGAACGAUGGAGUCCAACUUCGCUCUCUCACCUUACAGAUAUUCUAAAAACAUUCUCCGAAGGAAAAUCUGUCAUCCAUCGACACUGGUUCAUUUUCUACUGGAUUGCAUCCAACAUUCAGUAUGAUACUGUCUCCUAUUUCACUAAGAACUAUCAGGAUCAGACAGCCGAAGGAGUCUUUCGAACAAGACGAGGUGUCUGUGCAGGCUAUGCCAACAUGUACAAAUAUUUGUGCGAUCAUCUACAAAUGCCAUGUGAGGUGGUGAGCGGGUAUUCGAAGGGAUAUGAAUUCGAUGAUCGAGAAGGUGCACCGAGUGAGGUUGACCAUGCAUGGAAUGUAGUCGAGAUCGACCAUCAUUGGUACUUGGUGGAGUCGACAUGGGGUGCAGGUCACGUGAAUGAUAAGAAAGAGUUCGAGCAGAGACUUGAAGCUUAUUAUUUCCUUGCUCGUCCGAACGAGAUGAUUUACCAUCAUCUUCCUAGAAAAGAAGAAGAAAGGUGGCAACUGCUGGAAACACCGAUUAGUAUGGCGCAGUAUAUGUCAAUGCCAAAACUACGUCCGUUGUAUUUCCAGCUGAAUUUGGAAUUGAUUAGUCCAUGUAAUUUAGCUCAUGUUGAUUUUGUAGCAGGAAAAUCUUAUGCCUUGGUUGUUAUAAAGACUCCAGCCGAUGUACAUCUUCUCGCACAUUUAAAAAUGAAUGGUAAAAAGGUCGAAGGUGGCCAUCGAAUCAUUUUCGACAAGCUAAAACAAGUGCAUUGCUGCUAUUUUGCACCAGCGAACGUAGGUAAACAUCAAAUAGUGGUCUCUGGAAAACAAGGCGAUGACGAGAAUGGAACAUAUCAUUCAGUCAUGGAGCUAAUAUUGGAUGUGAAACAAAUGCCUGCGAAGUGCAUAAGUUUUCCGAAAACCUGGAAAAGAUUUACUGAUUUAGGGCUGGAAAUUAUGUCACCUCAGGAUACGCACCUGAUCAAACUGGCGAACGGUGCUGCCUUUGCCCAGAUUCUGAUAAAAGCGCCUGAAAAUGUCGAACUAUUAGGAAAAUUGACCGACGAAACCGGUAACGUGUUAAGCAAUGGAGAGCAAGUGUACUUCAACCGAGAAGAAAAGAUUUGGAAAUGUAAUUUCGCGCCGGAUCGCAAUGGACUGUUCGAAGCAGCCAUUAUGGCAAAGGAAAAAAAUGACACCGGAAGUUAUUGGUCUGCAGUUUCAUUCAAAAUCGACGCAAAACAAAUUCCUUCGCCGAAUAUGUCAUAUCCACGAACAUGGAAAGAGUUCUAUGAUCUUGACCUCAAGAUAUUGGCUCCAAUGAAUCGUGCCAAUGCCGUUUGGGCAAACGAUGCAUUGUAUACCGAGGUGUUGAUUCAAACUCCUGACGAUGUUCAACUUAGUUGUGCUAUACAAUACAACAAUGUUGAAAUUGAAAAUGGGGCCUUAGCACAAUACUGCCGAGAAAAGAAUUAUUGGCAACUGUUAUUCGCACCGGAGCGACCUGGUCAACAUAAACUCGCCGUCUAUGGUAAGCGUAAUAAUGAUGGUGAAUCAAAAUUUAGUUCAGUCGUUGAAUUCAAUCUCAAUGUGACUAAACUGCGACAAUCAAUAAAAUUCCCCAAGAUUUACAGUUCGUUCGAAACAAAUAAAUGUCAAAUUUAUACACCAAUGGAAGGAAUUCUAAAGAAAAAUUCCAUCGUUCCUAUUCAUUGUGUUAUUCCAGGCGCAAAAGAUGUUAAUAUCAUAGUCGAUUCAAAAUGGCUAGAUAAGGAAGGUUAUACUGAUCCUGUUCUUCAAAAACAAAUUACAGUCGGCUCAAAUGAAGUUUGUAUAUGUGCGAAAUAUGAUGAAGGUACAAGCUAUCAACGCAUUAUAGAAUAUACUGUUCAAUAA